UCCUCCGCGCCGUGCGCACCGCUGCGGUUCCGUCGCGGCCGAUCGAUCAUCACACGAGGUCGCGACACGUCGCCCGUAGAUAAACAUUCCACACCACGUUGCAAUCGGCGUACAUUGUAAAAAAAUAUCUGGUAAUAGUUAAAACUAUAUACUAAGGGGUAGAGGUGUUUUAAAGAUUAAAAAUAUACGGGACGAUAGAUGUCAACCGAGGGAAAGAUUUCGAAAAACAGUGGAUGCGUGGAAUAAAGGGGCUUCCGUUUCCCGAGAUACUCCCCGGGGAUGCGUUAAGAAAAUAAAGAAAAAGAAAAAUACAUCCAGGCGGAAUAGAAAGCAUCGGAAACAAAUAGAAGCUCUUCCCUCGAGUCGGCGUUUUUGCUGCUGGUCGAACCGAAGAGUUAAAAUUUCUUCUCCGAAGCGACGUAAGGCUCAAUUACGCGUUGCAGUCGCUCGUCGGGCUUGAAUCUUUAUUUAGAACAGCUGCAGAGAAGCCAUGGAUCGAUGAUAGAGGGAGGAGAGGUCCACUGAUAGCGGAGAGGAUGUGAGAGAUAUUGGGCGGAAGCUUUUCGUCGAAGAUGGACUCGAACGAUGAAUGGAAUUCGGAAAACUCUGUCCGGAAGUGCUGCACAAUUGUCAACGAGCCGACCGAUGACUCCUCGUCACCCUUGACAAGCAGGGCGCCCAUUGACAUCGAAUUCAAUGACCUCACAUAUGCCGUGCCGACCGGCCGGAAAGGGUCAAAAUUAAUUCUGAGUGGCAUAAGCGGCCAAUUCAAGUCCGGAGAAUUGACAGCCAUAUUGGGCCCAUCUGGAGCUGGAAAGUCCACCUUGCUCAACGUUCUGGCUGGUUACAAGGUCAACGAAGCCGGAGGGCUGAUCACCGUCAACGGGAAGCCGAGAAACCUUCGGGAGUUCCGACGAUCGUCGUGCUACAUUAUGCAGGAGGACUUGACCCAACCGAGUCUGACUGUUCACGAGGCCAUGACCUUCGCCACUGAUCUAAAAUUGGGUCCGAAGUUUUCAAAGGCCUCGAAGCUCGCCACGAUAGAGGAGAUCUUGAAUACCUUAAGACUGAGUCGAGUGAGGGAUACCAUUACGGAGAGGCUAUCGGGUGGGGAACGAAAGAGGCUUUCGAUAGCCCUCGAACUGGUGAAUAACCCUCCGGUGAUAUUUCUGGAUGAACCCACUACGGGCCUGGAUGAACUGUCCUCGGUGCAAUGCGUGGAUCUGCUUCGAAGAGUGGCCAGAGGAGGCAGAACGGUGGUUUGCUCGAUUCACACACCUAGUGCGAAGAUUUUCAGCAAAUUUCAGCACGUAUUUGUCGUGGCUGCCGGCCAGUGUGUCUAUAGAGGCCCCGUUGACAAUGUCGUGCCAUUCUUACAGCACAUUGGCAUCGAUUGUCCGACUCAUUACAAUCCCGCUGAUUUCAUCAUCGAAGUGUCUUCCGGUGAAUACGGCGUGGAGCUGGUGGACAGAAUGGUCAGCUAUGUUGAUACCAGAUUGUCAAUAGUGCCAAUCGAGAAAUCGAAGUAUCAAGAGAUCGAACCCGAGCAGAUUUCUGAGGUCCCAUGGUGCACGCAGUUCCAAACCUUGCUUCGGAGGAUGAUGUUGCAAUUAUACAGAAAUAGGAACUACAUGUACUUGAAAAUGUCCUUACAUGUAUUCCUGGGAUUCAUAAUCGGAGGACUGUUCCUCAACAUCGGUAAUGAUGGCUCGAAGACGCUCUUCAACUUCGGCUUCUGCUUCACGUGUCUGAUAAUCUUCCUCUACGUGCCAAUGUUGCCUGUCUUAUUACAUUUUCCUUCUGAGGUCCAACAUGUGAAGAGGGAGCACUUUAACAGGUGGUACGACUUGAGUCCAUACUUUUGUGCCAUGACCUUAUCCAAUAUUCCCGGCCAGGUAAUUCUGGCGACAAUCUACUUAACGAUGGUUUACGUGAUAACUGGCCAGCCAAUGGAACUCUUUAGAUUCUCCAUGUUCUUUAGCACAUGUAUCAUCUGUGCCUUGAUUGCGGAAAGCAUGGGGUCGGCCAUCGCUAGUACCUUAAACAUUGUGAACGGGAUAUUUGUGGGACCAGCUUUCUCGGUACCACUAAUGCUGUUUGCAAUUCAGGGGAUGGGCAAUCCGGAACCUUUGCCAAUGUAUAGAAUCCUGAUCAUGUACAUAAGUUACAUUCGGUACGGCUUGGAAGGUCUUAUUGGAGCCACUUAUGGCUACAAUCGAGAGAAACUGCCGUGCCCACCUACCGAGAUAUAUUGUCAAUAUCGAGUGCCACGAGAACUGUUACGAGUUAUGGGAAUGGAGAACAUCGUCUUCUGGAUAGACUUCAGUGCUCUCCUGGUCAUCUUAAUUCUGUUCAAGGCCUUGACUUAUUACUUGCUGAGACAACGAUUACAGCCCAACAAGACCUUCCAAGCUCUGCAUCUCAUUGGACGACUCGUAAAAAGUCACUUUAGCAUCCAAUGACAGUUGCGCCUAUGACCAAUUAUUAAAUAGACAAACUGCCACCUUGCGUAGGGUAAUCUUUUUAAGUGUAUAUAUACAUAUAGGACAUUAUACAAUAUUUUUGUAAAAUAUGAAUGGUCUAAAGUUUUAAGAAAGCGUUACGUCAAGAUCUAUACGGAUGUACACUAAAUAAUGUCGAACGUGAAUUAAUAAUCGUCGAAUAACGAUUCACAGACAUUGAGAUCUGAAAACACUCAAAAGGGGAAUAUGUACUUUAUUUUGAGAAUAUCUUUUAAGAAAGACCACAAUACUCCGUCCAGAGAUGUACAAUCGCAGGAAAAAUAGAAAAGCUUAUAAGGUUUAACGAAACAGUGGCUGGAGGAUGUUAUUCCAAUUUGAAGAGAAAAUUCUCUUUGUUAUAAUCAAUGAUAAGGGUAUAUGUAUGUAUAACCUAUUAAAGAAUCUCGUGACACAUCACGUGGACCACCCAGAAUAUUUUAACUGAGCAAAAAAAUAAAUUUUAAUUAUUUUAA